AUGCCUGGCCUAGUGGAGCCGGUGAAGCAAUGCGUGCCCACCGCCACGGUGCGGGGUCCAUGCCACGUGUGCGUUUGUUCCCCUGAGGGUGUGUUUCACUGCCGCCCGAAAGAAUGCCAGGAUGAAAUUGUUGGAUUAGGCAGACCAACUAGAGAUUGCGAACCAAACCUCGUAUUCAGACAAGAUAAUUCAUUCUGCACAUGUAGCAACGAAGGCAAUUGGAUGUCAGACACCUGUGAAGAAACAUUCCGAUACCUCCAUGCAAAUUACGACGAUCCCAUGCAGAAUUUAAGGACUAAUGUCGCUUGCAUCCCCAAUGCUCUGUACCUCUUCGACUGCAACGUUUGUCGGUGUCCCCUCAACGGCGUCGUUGAUGUUACCCAGUGCACUACUAGGUACUGCGGCGAUGGCCUCAAAGCUGACACGUGUGUCUACGGUGACAUCAUUCGCUUAGAAAAUGAGAUUUGCGCGUGCAGCGACAUAAACUACUUCAUCGACCGACUUUGCGUUAAAAUCGAAAACAAGGUCGUACAAACUCUUCUUCCUGAUGACGUUAUCAAACUAGAUGACAUUGGCAGGUCCUGGAGACGCUUACGUGAUCUGCAAACAGAUUUUUGUGAUACCGAUGUUAUGUACAAUGUCGAUUGUAACAGAUGCGCCUGUGUGGACGGACACCUUGUCUGCACAAAGAGGACUUGUGAAGAAGUUAAAAAGUCUUUUCCCUUGAGAGACGAUAGAUUGAAUGAAGUUGAAAUCCUUCCUGAAUUGAGCAGUCUCAACGGUACUAUAUGUGAACCUGGCAAGCAGUAUCGUUUAAAAUGCAAUAUUUGCACUUGUGGUCAGGAUGGCCACGCGUCGUGUUCUACGAUGGUCUGCUUAGAAGAUGUCAUCUUGGAUGAAAAGGCACUGAGAGGAUUGCUGUCUGCUGGAUAA